AUGGAAGUGGUUGAUUUGCUCCCCGCCGAGGAACAGCGGUCAGUCUGGGAUGAAACAGAACGUAACUUUUGGCUCAAGUUUGAUCACGAAAACGACGCCAACUACGGCAAGUCAGAACAGAGGUAUAAAAUGAGGGAGGCAGAGACGAGAGCCAAUCUUGAUAAGUUAACGGUGAAGAGAACACAACUCACGGAGAAACAGGACCGUCUUCUUAAGGAGCUGACGCAAGUGGAAGAAGAACUUGCUCGAGUUGUGGAAGAAUGUGACGACAAGGCCACCAAGUUAAAUAUCCUAGAACAGAAAUACCGCCAAAGCGAACACGACAGACUAGAGCAACGUAACAAAAUCGCCAAGAGUAUGGAAAGAUUCUUUAGGGUCAAACGAGGAGAGGACCCUGACGCGCCAUCUGAACGGGAUAAGGAGCAGUGGCAUGAAGUACUUAGGAAUAGUACGCGAUCCGGGGACGAGGGGCGUGAGGCCGCCCGCGCCGAAGCUCUGGAGCAGGCCAAUGAAGCGGCAAGAUCGACGCAAGCUCUGACUCCCGUCAAAUCCGCACUCGUUCCGCCGGUCACACGGAGGUCAUCUAACGUGCUUGUCGAUAUUAUCGAUGCUGAUGGCCAUGUGAUUGGUCCUAUAGAGAGGACUGAUCCAUGGAAUCAAUGGGUUGAAGCUAUUCAAGACUUGCCUAUAAAACAACAGGUCAGGAUUCGCCGGGGACGCAAGUUCACCUCGGAUCACUUGGCUACCAUCUAUGACCGCUCAGAGGCCAAAGGAGUCAAGUGGCUGGCGUGUAUGAUUCAGGCUACAGGGGAGAUUCAACCACGACGUUGCCAUUCUUGCGAUAAAAACCAAGGUGCUUUUGAGGACUGUGUUGUUCUAGGUGGACCACUGUUUCAAAAGUGUGGCAAUUGCGAAUGGAAUCGCCAAGGGUGCCAUAUGCCUGCACCUUAUAAAUCUGCAAACAGAGGACCCAGACACGAGCAAAUGCAGUAUCAUGAUGUUGGUAAAGAACCAGAGCAACUGGCAUUCCGGAUGCCACCAGCGAACCAGUCUCGCCAAACACUUCGACCAUAUCUAAGCCGGGAAGCAGGAAUAGCUCGAUCGUCCAGUCGUUUGAAUGGGAGCCCCGUGCUGCCCGAACCAAUUCAAAUGCCGACCCCAAAGGAAAGCCGAGAGCAUCCGUUUUCUAGCUUGAAAAGCCACCAAGCCUUAAGUGGUUUCACCCCUGCGAAUUAUCGAGGCCGGCCGCCUUCUCGAGACAUUCCGACGCCCUCCGUGCAGUCAGUUGAAAAUUCCCCACAGCCCACGAGGCAGCAUCUCCCAUCAUCCGACGAGAUAACAAGAAGUAAUUUGAUUCUCAAACACAAUGGCACCGUUUAUACCUUCCCCGAGUGUGUUGAAGGCGUCCCUCUUGUGAAGAUUGACGAAGACCACCCUUAUUGGGAUCCGCGUUGGCCUCCUGUACGAGAGAUUAUUCAACCACAGCUUGAUCUCUGGCAAGAAAAAUAUGACGAAUCUGUAGAGAGGAAGGCCAAAGGCGAAGGCGGUUCUUCCAAAUUUCAGAACGGGCGUCAGGUCAACCGGGGCAGGAAAAUUUUGGAAUUCUUAGAAGAUGGCGACAUCAGCCCCUACCAGCUUUUGUCGAAACAGUAUACGCAUACCGGAAAGGGAACCAUCACCGCUUACGAUACGUUAUUUCGGAUGUGCGAAACACUCGGGGAGCUGGCCAAAUAUCGGCUUGACAUCUCCCCAGUCGACUGGCUGCGCCAUCGCUUGCAUGAGCUCAUUGUGGAAAAGGGCGCAAAUUUCAAUUAUUCCAAAAUCAUGCACGAUUUCUAUCAUGAUCCAAAGCUCGCGGCCCUGCGUUCUAAGAACGGUUUCAAGAGUAUAGGGCGCCCAUCUGGCUACAGAGCUGGCCAGAUCGGGGGAAACGACAACAACAGCACACCUCAAGGUGGCAUGAAGAAGAGGAAGAGCAUGCAUUCCCAAACAGACACACCCCGGCAGACGCCGUCGUCUAGCCACUCCCCGUCCUUGGCCCAGGAUGACUACAGCCAUUCCCCUCUUGCCAGCAAUGCAGCUCCGUAUUCGACCAACAGUUCGUUUAAUGCACCACCAAUUCAAAAGCGCCUGAAGCCGCUUUCUCCUGUGUCCACUCAUCCAAACGACGAAUUCUACACGGAUGGCAUUUCAGAUACAGACUCUUGGAGUGGUGCUCCGAUUCAAACGCUGGAUUGGCGUAUUUACCAAGUGAAGACAAGACUAUUUACAAGCUCCACAGAGGUAACUCAGUACUGGCAUUGGAAAGAGGGCCGACGCCUCUUUGAGCAUCAGGUCCUCAAGGACACGGACCCGAUUAGUUGGGGCAUCCUCCGAUCUCCAAUUGACUUUGACAUCCCGCUGGAUGAUAUUACACGGGUUGAUUGGAACAUUGAUGCUCUGCAGGUGCAUUUUGUAAUGAGUCAGUUCAGCUCCAGGAUCGCCAAGCAAGAUGGAAAACCCACAGGCGACGUCAUGGCAGCAUUCAAACGGGAGACUACGAUGCGUCGAUUCCUCAACUACUGUCGCCAGCGCCGGUUAAAGCUGGUGAAGGUCACCGCGUAA